AGACUUCUUCCACAACCAUCCAUACCAUUAUUAACUUUGAGUCAGACCGAAGCGACUCCGAUUCCAUCUCGAGUUUUUAUUCUCUCUUUUCGAUUCGUCUCCCUCGCAUCAGGAAUCGCCAUUUCUGGGUGAUUUCUCUGAUGUGUGUCUCUGUUAUUCAUUUCUCUCUUUCUCUCCAACUUCUUGUUGGGGGUUCUGGGUUCGCUCCACUUCCGUCUUUUCACUGUGAACUAUGAAAUGGGUUUCUAGUUUUGGCUUCUUGUUCUGUUCGUGUUUUGGUUUCUGAUUUUGUGAAGUGGGGGAAUUGGAGAUGUUGGGCUCAAACACCAAUUUGGUGACCACGGUGAUUGGAUUUGGUAUGAGCGCGACUUUUAUUGUGUUUGUCUGUUCAAGAAUAAUCUGUGGAAGGUUGCGAGGGUCCUCGGAAUCUCAUAAUAUGUUUGAAUUUGAGCCUAGGAUGGAUAUAGAACGGCCAGAACAUCAUGUUAACCAUCCAGAACCUGCUCUUGUUACUGCAAUUCCCACCAUGAAGUUCAACCAAGAGGCUUUCAGUUCUAUUGAAGAUACACAGUGUGUGAUUUGUUUGGCAGAGUACAAAGAAAGAGAGGUAUUGCGCAUCAUGCCAAAAUGUGGUCAUAGCUUCCAUCUUUCCUGCAUUGAUAUAUGGUUGAGGAAACAAUCCACCUGCCCAGUAUGCCGUCUUCCAUUGCAGAAUUCUUCUGAAACAAAGCAUGUGAGACCGGUAACGUUUAGCUUAGGGCAAAGCGAGGCUCAGACUUCUGAAAGUAGGGACAGUGAGAGGAAUGCUGAGCCUGUGCCAGGGAAUGCCUUGCCCUUACAGUCAGACACUGCAGAAGCAGAAACAAGGCAAUGAUGUGAGAGAGCCAAGCAAGGGCUCAUUGUGCUCAGAACAGAGUAGGUAUACUUUUCAUUAUCCACAUGGGAGUGGAUUCUUCUGUUUUCUGGGAUUCAAAUUCUUUGUCUAUAAGAUGGGAUUGAGAUUGAAUUGGGGAUGUAAAAGCAGGUCAUAUGUCUGUUGAGAUCUCUGCAACUUACAUGCACAUAAUAUGACUCCUUUAGAAGCA